CCACCUCCAGGUUGACCGACCGCCGUUCGUCAGUCCGCGGUGGAGCAGGGCCCGCGUUGCUGACGGGCAUCCGGAUCGUCAAAUGAAGAGAUACACAUCAGUAAAUUUCAUCUUGAUCAGGUUGUAUUCGAAGUGGUGGAAGAACCGACGUGGUUCCUCUCGUGGACUGGAUUCCUGACUGACCAUUUUGUGUACUUUUCUGCCGACCCUCACCAGAAAAGCAGGAUGAUGAGUGUCUGACUCUUGUUUGACGCCAUACGUCACCGUAUGUUUACGUAGUUUCGCGCACGCUUCUGCUUCGUCUUGCCACGUAAUUAACUAUUACUAAUGUUGACACUCUGCGUCUACAUCUACUUGAGUAUUGCUGUGUUAUUUCUUUUUGCCUUUAGGGUGGCGUUGGCGCACUUGUCUUUCCCUGUACAUCUACAUAAGCACUAGAUUUGUAUCUUUGUUAGCCGCUACGAGUAGAAGGUAUUAGGAUGAAAGAGAUCCAUUUCAGUAGAAAGAGAUCCAUUUCAGUAAUACAUUCAUGUGAGUCAACAUAUUUUAAUUGUGCGUUCUUUGUUAAAAUACUAUGUAUACAACUACGUCCACUUAGUACAUAAUUGUCAUGUCAAAAUCGCUUUCGAUUGGAGAAGAUUAAUUCAUGGGUCUUCUUAGCGCUAGUAGCGUUCGUAACUUUAUUACUUCAUCUCGAUUUGUUUUGAUGGAGCAUUUUUUUGAAUUGGAAUUUCGGUUUUGUUGCGAGAACUGCUCGAAGCGAUUUCCAACGCACAAAAAGAGUGUGUCAG